AGCAAAUAAAAUUACAUCAGCAAUUAGACCAGUUUAUCAAGAGUCAACACGAACCCUCCCAACUUUUCAGCAGGACUGCAAAUAUGUAUGACUGAACACCACUGAAGAAAUGGAAAUCUUUGGCAUUACUGGAAGCAUUUCUCAAAGGCAAAUAGGCUCUGAUGUCAUGGAAGGUGAUUCUGCUCGAGCUGAAAUGAGUACUGCCUGUGAUAUCAAGGUGGGUAGUUCAUCUCAGGAUGAAAACAGUACUGCCCCACCGACAGCUAAAAGAAUGAGACUUGACACAGACAGAAUGGACCAGCCGGCAGCAGAGGUGCCUUUCCACUCUAACAACUGCAGAACGCCACUCAUUGAAGCUGAACAAGAAAGACUGCUUGCUGAAAGUAGUUCUUUGACACACUAUGCUUUACAGGAAAGUGACAUCACAAAAAAAGUGGGAGACGAGAUGGAGAAAAGAGAGAUUGUUGAGUUGCCUGAGAAUAGUAAGGUGCACAGUCAAGAGUUUGCCAGUCACCCAUUGGAUCUUAUUAGUGCUGAGGAAACUGAAAGUGAUGUCAUAGGUCAGAUCAGAGGAACUCCAGGUGUCCUGCAGGGUGAUGAAGAUGUUGUGAAAUCUCACUUGGGCCCCAUCACAUGUGAUGAUGUGGAUGCCAGUGCCUUUGAAAAGUGUGCACUGAGUACAUAUGCAGGCCUCAGAGACAGCAGUGUUACUGCUGAAAUUAGUGUCUCAACGAUUGAUGAAUUUCAGCAAGAGUUUUAUGAUAAUGCCUAUAGAGAGCACAGGACUGAAGAGUACCAGAUUCUCCUGGCAUCUCAUUCCGUGUCCUCCUCGUCUCCCUCUAAUGUUGGAGUAAACCCCUAUGGGACCCUAUCAGGCCACAGAGAAGCUGAGAAAAAUCAAGAUAGACCCGAGAGUCUUUUUAGAGAAAAUGCACAUGCCUGUGAUAGAGAGACAAAAGCUGAAGUUAACGAGGAGCGCGUAAUGUGUGACGAGGAGAUGGCUGAUUAUGCGAGCACAGGCUCCAUCUUUACUUAUGAUGUCACAUUAAGUGGUGAUUUGGGAAGUAAUGAUCCCAAGAUCAAUGCGUCUCUUGCUCACAGUGUUCCCAGUAAUGCAGCCCUAUGGCUUUCCACUGACAUAGCAGCUGAAGCCGAAGGUUUGCGCAAGUGUGAUGAAUACACAGCCAUACCCGCACAGUCAGGCCUUAGUCAGAUGCCAGCCAAUGUGUAUAAUGACAUGGCAGGUGUAACUGAGAUAGACACAGGCCAUGAAGUUAGUGGACCAGAUCGAGAUUGUCACAUUAUCCCUGAACACGAGCAACCGGAGGUGAACUCUCAGACCAGUGAUUCAACAUUUGUAACAAGUUUGCACAGCAUGUCUGACGUGACACUGAAUGGCGUCAUAGCAUUUGAGGAAGACACUGCUCAGUGUCCUCCCUUUCCUGAGGCCUAUGCAGAAGCUCCUGUUGUUAGGGAUGAGGUAUGUGAACUUUCUGACGAUCACUGUACCUUUGUGUCACCUUUGAACAGUGACGUUGAGAACUUAAAUAUCGCACUUAAUCCGAGAAGUCUAUCUGAAGAUGAUGAACAGCUUGUGAUUAAUUACGUCAGUUUAAAUGCAUCGUUACUCGGAACUAAUGGCCGCCCAGGGGAAGGAGCCACCACAGAGGAGACAAUGAGGGUCCAUCACCAGGGUUCACAAGCUUUUGUGAGCUUCACCAAACCUGCAGAGAGUCUUGACAUCAGUGUAGAGGCAGUUGCUGAUUCAUAUAGCCAUCAUUCAGUAGAGGCUCAAACUGAUUUACUUGCGCUGGCAAGUCUGGUGUCUGACUCCAUGGACCAUCAUGAAAGUAGAUUGGAGGCUGCAGUGUGCUCAUCCCCAGGCGGGAUCUUGGCCAUGGAAGAGAAGCUUUUGUUUUUUAAGAGUAGCCCUUCCCCGAGUGAAAUUAGAUUGAAGCUUCAGUCGGAGGACUGGAAGGAGGAAUCAGAGGAGCUCUCAGAUGGAGUAGCUUCGCAGCAACUAGUCACACUGCCUUGGGAGGAGAAUGCGAAAGUGACUGAUGCAGUCGCCCACAGUGACACCUCACAUGAAUUCACCGUCAAGGACAUGCCGGUGUUCACGUUGUGCUCUGACGCAGUUGUCCCUGGAUCACACUCAACUCCCACUGAGGAUGUGACAAAAGAGAGCCCAGUACUGCCUGGGUAUGUUUUCUUUGACUGUGUACAUCUGGGUUUCGACUCUUUUGAAAAAGUAAAGAUAUCUCCCGACAGUGAUCUUGAAAACAGCCCACUCCUUGAUCGCUCACCCACUGCUUUGGUUGCAGCUGCGGUCACACAUGUUCACUCAGUUCCUCCACCUGAUAAUAGCCCUGUGAUGCUGACACAUAGUAGGAAUCAUUCAGACAAAACAAUUGAACUAAUAUCACAUUAUGAAGACAAUGGUCCAGUCUCCGCAGCUAGUUUUUCAAAAGACAGAGGAACCACAUGGGGAGGAGAAGAAAGCCAAAAGUGCAUUACUGUUGCUUCUUUACCGGUGGCCUCUCCACAGCAGAGUAUCUCUCCCUUUGAGCCGGAAGAAAACAUCAGCCCAUCAGACAGGAUCACAGACAAUGAUGUUCCUAUGUUGGAAAUGAAAGAGAUGUUUGACUCAGUCAUUGAAGAGCUGUGUAUGUACUUUGAAAUUGGUCAAGAAGAAGAGGAGUCAAAUGAGGUACCUACUGAGUCAAGAAAAGAGGACAGUAAAGUGGUCACCCACUUCUCGAAGGAGAGGACUCUCCACCUGAUAAUAGCCCUGUGA